AUGCUAGAAGAUCUCAAAACAGCAGCAGCUGAUACUGGAACAAAGAGCAGACAUGGAUACUAUCUGCUAUCAAAGUUUGAGAUACUGCAGUGUGGCGAUGUUGAAAAACUCAUCAAAAAGUGCGUUAACCCAAGGGGGAAUCCUGUUUAUUAUGUUAGCAUAGAAGAAACAUAUGAUGUGGUUAGCCGUGCACAUAUAGCCACAGGACAUGGUGAUCGAGAUCGCAUGACCAAAGAAAUCAACAAAAAGUAUGCAAACAUCACUCGCGAUGUUCUCAAUCUUUUCAAGUCUUAUUGUCAUGAAUGUCAGAAGAAACGUAAGCGCCCAAGGAUUAAGGGUGUUGUAGUGCGCCCCAUUAUCACAAAUGAGUUCGCUUAUCGUGCACAAAUUGAUCUUAUUGAUAUGCAGUCCAUGGCCCAAAAAUCAUUUAAGUGGAUUUGUGUCUAUCAAGACCACCUAACCAAGUUUGUCAUUCUCCGAGCCCUAACUUCAAAGCGUGCUGCUGAGGUCGCUCAUCACCUGCUUGAUAUAUUCCUUCUCAUUGGUGCCCCAUCUAUUCUCCAGAGCGACAAUGGAAGUGAAUUCACAGCAGAGGUUAUCAGUGAACUGAAAAUUGUGUGGCCCAGGCUGGUUAUGGUCCAUGGUAAACCUCGACACCCUCAAAGUCAGGGGUCUGUGGAAAGGGCAAAUGGUGAUAUCAAGGAUAUGCUUGUUGCAUGGAUGGGAGAUAAUGACACAAAUGAUUGGUCAGUAGGCACAAAAUUUGUUCAAUUCCAAAAGAAUUCGAGUUAUCAUUCAGGAAUACAGAGAUCGCCAUAUGCUGCCAUGUUUGGAUGUGAAGCCAAAGUUGGCUUAACAUCGUCGUCUUUGCCAACAGAAGUAGUUGUACGGAUGCAAAGUGAGGAUGAUCUUAUAUCUGCCAUAUCCAAUGUACCAAUCGUCCUAGAACAUACUGCUGCUGAUAUACACGAAUCAGUACCAAGCACCAGUCAGGAACCAGCACCGAGCAGCAGUCAUGAAGUCAUGCCAAACACUAGUCAGGAACCAGAUGAGUGGGACAGAAUAUCAUAA